UAUAACCUAAAUAAAAACUGAUGUAAUUUAUAUUAUUUAAUCCAAUUUAUAUGAAAAGUAAUAUUAAAAUGAGGCUUUUAUCUAAAGUGUUCCAACCGCUUAUCACAAUACCGAAGAAUGCUAAAAUCAAAUCAACAGAAGUCACUUGCAAAAGCCAAAAGCUGCUCCUAGAAUGUGGUCUCAUCCGGCCCACCAGCUCGGGUCUCUUCGCCAUCCUGCCGCUCGCACAGAGAGCCAUGGACAAACUAGAGAGACACAUUUGUAAGCACAUAGAAGCAGCCGGCGCUCAGCGCAUCUCCCUGUCCUCGCUGACACCCGCCUCGCUGUGGGACAAGUCCGGGCGCCUGCAGGAGAUGGGCCCCGAGCUGAUGAAGGCCACGGACAGACACGGGAAGCAGUAUGUGCUGGCGCCUACUCACGAAGAAGCGAUCACAGAUUUGUUGGCGGACGUCGGCCCUUUGUCGUACAAACAGCUGCCUUUAAUAUUAUAUCAGAUCUCAUCCAAGUUCCGCGACGAGCACCGUCCCAAGCACGGCCUGCUCCGCGCGCGACAUUUCACCAUGAUGGACGCGUACAGCCACCACGCGAGUGAGGACUGUGUACUCAACACGUAUGAGAGGAUCAGCCGAGCGUAUAGAGACAUUUUUGAAGGGUUGGGGCUGAAGGUUUAUCGAGUGGAAGCCCCGUCAGGCGCCAUGGGGGGCUCCCUGUCGCACGAGUGGCAGGCCGUGGCGGAGGCUGGUGAGGACUCGCUGACAAUCUGUCAGCGGUGUCAGCACGCCGGGCUAGAGGCGAAGUGUCCGCGCUGCGGCGGUGAAGGAGAGGUGGUCAGCAGUAUUGAGGUGGGCCACACAUUCGUCCUAAACACCCGCUACUCGUCUCCCCUGGGCGCGUGCUACACGGACGCCCAGGGAGCGAGACCCCCGCUGCGGGCGGCGUGCUACGGCGUGGGGGGGUCCCGCCUGCUGGCCGCGUGCGUGGAGGCGGGCGGGCGGUGGCCGCGGGGCGUCGCGCCGUAUAGCGCCCUGCUUGUGCCUCCUAAGGAAGGUUCCAAGGAGUGGCAGCAGCUGGGCUGGUCCGCCGUGGAACAAGUCUACUCGCAACUGUCAGUGCUACCAACAUUGCGGGAUGAUGUCAUAGUGGACGAUAGAUGCGACAUGACUAUUGGGAAGAGACUUAUGCAGGCUAAUAGAAUGGGCUAUCCCUACGUCGUAGUCAUGGGGAAGGCCGCCUUGGAGUCUCCACCUCGAUACGAGCUGGUCUGCGAAUCCUCGACUCAGCUGCUCACGAUGCCAGAACUCUUGAAGACCAUAGACACCAUAGACCACGGGAAUAUGGCGGCAGAAAAAGUGACAGCUUAGCGUUAUUAUUCUGAGAUGCUUAGGUUAUUUGUACAAUAAGAAAGUUAUAGAAUGAGUGUAAUUUAUUGCAAAUUAAGGAAUG